CGCUGUCGUCGUUCUGUUUAACCCUCACCCGCGUUUCCGACUCUCACCCUCACCGCAAUGCACUGCUCUCGAUAGACCGCAACAUCUUUCUUGGUUUUAUAGGCCCCUCAAAUUCUUGGUGCUUCUGCUAUCGUUACCCAACCAUGUCGACCGACGACGGACUUCCAAUAGGCAGUCCCUCACCGCGACGCGUCAAUAUCAUCUUUGGCAGGCGAAAGGCUCUCGCAGCUGCUCUCGUCUUCUUGUUUUUCGUCUUGGUACUUUGGGUCAUCCGAGGGGACAGUCAUGUCGUAGCUCACACCGGUUCUGGGGCGUCCACAUUGGUCGCGACGAACCCUGCACUCUUGAAUCCCGGACCAGUCACCUUCGCACUUAUUAUAAUGUCUAUGGGUGAUGUCGCGGCAGCGAAGAUCCUGAUGAAGUCCAUCCUCAUCCACAAUACCCUACCCUCGACAUUCCACAUAUUCUGUAGCCCGGAUGUUAGCAAGUCCAUGCUGCCAGCGCUGAGGCUCAUAACGCGCCCGCGCCAUGACACCCGCGUCAUCUUCUACCACCUCUCAUGGCCGAGCAUGCGCGCUCGCAUCGAACGCGAAGGAAACCUCAGCACCGACGAUCAGAAUCUGCCCUCCCUCAUGAAGCUCUUCCUCCACGAGAUCCUUCCUGCCUCCACGAACUUUGUCAUCGCCCUCUCCCCAUCCGCCCUCUUCCUCUCCGACCCCGCGGCCCUCUGGCUCGAAAAUCUACGCCUCGCGCCGCCCGCUGCACCCGCUGCGGCGCUCUACUACGACUCCAGCAAUUCGAAAGUCACGCACGCCAACGCCCAUGUUCUCCUCCUCAAUCUCGACAAACUGCGCGAAGUCCGCCUCAUGGACUCGCGCGUCUACCGCAAGGUCGACCACGCCGCCAACGGUGCAAUCUCGUCUGCAGCCUUCCGCGUUGCGCUGGGGCCCCCGCUGACGAGUAAGGGUGCGCGAUACGACGUGAAGGAGAUGGGUGGGGAGGAGAUUUUCUGGCGCGCGCUCGUGGGGUAUCGGCCGGAUUUGUUCUGGGGGUUGGAAGCGGGGUAUGUGGUCGAGGGGUGCUCAAGGAAACCGGCGGGGUUGGAUAGUGGGGAUGCGGUGGAUGGGGGUGCCAUUAUCCCCCGUCUCGUCCACUUCGACUGCGUUAAGCAUAGGCCGUACACCGAGUGGCGCGGCUGGGACGACCCGGACGCCCUUGUUACCCGCCAGUGGGGCGCCGCGGUUCAGUACUAUGCGAACUUCAAGUGGCUAUGGUUGAAUAGCGAGGUCGACCAGACGCUAGAUACGGCCAAGGGCAACGAGACGACAGGCUCGUCAACUACGCAGCAUAGUUCGCCCACUUCGCCGCACGGCUCGCUCAAGAUGCACGUCAUCAAGGAUGGAAUCAUCUUCGGGGACGAGCGAUAUGCGAUGCAGCAUCGGCCGCAGCCGUAGUCCAAUGCCUUCGACACUGGACUCGGAGAGCGAGCGCCGAGGUCCUUGAGGUGGUCAUAACCGCCUCUGGGACGACACCGACAGCCUCACCAGGCCUCAUGUCACCCCUCAGCUGCCCUCUAGCGCGCCGAGUAGGCGCUUCGCAGGCGUCGACAUCGCGCUAGACGUCGAGGACCCUAUGAAGGGGAAGGACGAGAGGCAGCUCAGGUGUCCCCCGAACGCCGGCCUUUACAUACCAAACCCUCUCGGGUGUUACAUGUCCGUGUAACCUGCGGUCAGUGUAUUGUUAGCCGACGGGCGCACGUCGUCCAAGACCAACAGACCCCCAGAACGGACAAUGGAUUACUGCUGUCUUUCAUCUUUGACAAUGGGAGGUCGUAGAAGUGUUAUUGUACUUGCUCGC